CCAAACUAGCUACAUAGCAAACCAGUACAGGUCUUACUCUCAUUCCGUGUGUGCGCCUAGCUAACUUACGGACAAAUCGACCGGUGAACGAUCGACAAAGAUUAGUGACCACAGUAGUGACUGCGCUGUUUAUAGCGACGACGCUUCGCAUAAUUAAUUCCGUAGCUUUGAUUACGUGCUCUCCCUCUGCAAAAUUGAACCGCGAUAACUUCCUAGUCAACCAAAUAAUAUUAAUCAUAACAAAAACAUUAUAAAUUACAACAAAUUUUAUCAAAAUGGAUAUGGGUCACACGCACGGCAAUGAUAGCACGACGACGACAGCUUCUUGUCCUAUGAUCAUGGUGUUACACGGUGGUCAUUGCGAGCGAAUAUUAUGGCGCGGUUGGGUUGCCAGUACUGUGACAGAGUUUGGUCUCGCUUGUGUCGCUUGGUUUGUUAUCGCCUUUCUUUAUGAAGCACUGAAAUUCGGGCGCCAACAAUUACAUAAACAUGCGGCACAAAAAGCGGCAGAAAGUAUGGCGUUGGAGGUUGAAGCGAGACGUGCUGCCCAUCCUCCGGGUUGCACACAUGCGCCAACUCCAUUGCCAGAGAUUCGAGUCAAAACUAAUAGAGAUCAUCUUUUUUCCAUGCACCACAUCAUCCAAUCACUGCUUAAUGUCGUGCAGAUUAUCAUCUCCUACCUGCUGAUGUUGGUCUUUAUGAACUUUAAUUAUUGGCUGUGCUUGUCCAUGAUAUUGGGUUUGGGUUUCGGCUACUUUUGCUUUGGUUGGAUAAGGCAACAAGGUACCGGCACUGAAUGCUGCACAUAAAGCUGAUCCAAUUUAUGUUUGGUUGUUUUCAUUUUGAAUAAAAAUUGUUAUGUUGAAAAGUAAUGCAUUUCAAAAACUGCCUAAGUAGACUGUUUGAAAUUAAUAACUUUUGCGAUUAAUGUUAUCAUAUGUAUAAGCUGACUUAGGUUUAGAAAAGGAUUUUUAUUUAUGUAAGCGCAUAUUUUAUACCUAAAUUUUGGUUGUACGAAUUUAAAUAUAUUCAGUUGUAUUUAAAACAAAUAAUUUUUAAGUCUAAAACUGUUAUGUUUUUAUGACAAUGGAGUUGCUACUGUACUUGCCCUGUUAUAUUUUAAAGUCGAUCCUAAAUAAAAUAACACAUAAAUUUAGCAUGUUAAAAUUCACUCCACUUAGGAAAUUUUGUUACCUUAGUUAAAAUUGUUAGAUAUAUGUUUUGUGUUUGUUUGAUUUUGUAUACAUAUUUAUGUUUUAUAGUAUCUCGACUUUGCUGACACUAAGCAAAUAAGCAUGUUCAAUGAUAUUUCAACAGUGUUUUAAAGUAAAUGUACGAAAAUGUAAAACUUUUAAGAAAAAUUUAAUAUCAGUAAA